ACUCGCCUCGGCACUCCAAAGUACACAGCCUCCGCGAUUACAGUGGUGUGCUUCUUCGGUUCCUUCUAUUCUGUUGUCGCCUAAUAUCCAUUCUUCGCGCCAGUGGUAAUAAUCAGCCACAGAUAAGUGGUUUCCCGCACGUCGCAGCCGCCAAACAAGACCACGACAUCCACAGAACCAACGCAAUUUCUACGACAGGCCGUCCGACACCAUGAAACUUACGUUGUUCACAAUCUUCGCUCUCUGUAUAAUAGCUGUCUGCAGAUCAGCCGAAGAGGAAUAUGAUUAUGAGGAAGAAGUAGCAGCACCGGUGACGCCACCAGCACCGGCAAAACCGGCAAGUAGUCGGCUAGGUGGUCUCUUAUCCUCGAGAGGACGAGCUAAUGUAGCAACUGCAGGGAAAAAAAAAGUAGCACCGACUCAAUCAACGACAUCGAAACCGGUAGAACAAGUACCUGAGGAAGAUGACGUGGAAAGCGAAGAUGAGCUUGAAAACAGUCAAGAACAUGAAGCUCCUACGACAACGACUGAAUCUGCGAAAAAGCUUCGUAAUGCUGGUGGUGUCAGGCCCUUUAGAUCAAAUGAAGAUCUUUUGGCCGCCUUGAAAAGGAGAAGAGCGCAGACCGGACCCAGCAGUCAUUCACGGGAAACUGCUACCACGCAUUCUACAGCAGAACAUACAACAGCAAAACCAAAAGCUAGCACAAAUAAUCGUAGCAAAGCUAGCGCAGGUGGUGAAACAAGAACGUCAGGGCGCGGCAGGUUUGGAGGAAGAGGAGGUAAGACUGUACAAGAGGAGGUCGAAGAGACUCAACAGGAAGAAGUCCAAGUAAAACCUAAAGCAUAUCGCAGAGGUUAAAUCAAUCGCCAAUUUAUGUGAUGAUACUUGUUUAAACUUGUUGAGAUUUUUUAUAAUACACAUUAAUUAAAUUCGACGACUUAAAAACUACGUUGAAAAACUGUGUCGUCUUCUAUAUUGCAAAGUUCAAGAUCUUUGUAAAACGAUCUCGUCAACGAAUAAUGUGCUGCUGCCAUGUCCGAGCAAAAGAUCAAUUUUUGCAUACUCGAAUUUUUGAUAACAUAAUUGCUAUAUAUAAAGAUUUUUAAUAUAUUUUGGGUACAUAAGUCAUAUAAAGAUAUUACGUCUUUCUCGAAGAAUGACAGACCUUGUUCAUGAUUCGCCAUAUGAUAUCAAAAAUAUGAGCGAUGAAGAAAAAAUUGACAAAUCACCGUAUUAAUUAUUACAAUAGGAGCUAAUUAAAAAGAACAAAGUCUUCCUCUUUGCUACAAAGUGAUGUGUAUAUAGCAAAACAUUGCGAUCCCUCAAGUACUUAAAUCUAUUAUAUAAAUGUAAAUUAAUAUGACAAUAAAGUGUUUCUGGAAAACGACUCUA